UCGGUCGUCCUUGGUCCAGCGUCUUUUGUCCGUGUGGAGGCGGCGUGGUCCAACGACGUGUGGCGGGAAACGGCAUACGGCGGGCGACGGGAAAAAAAAUUAACCUGAAGGGCGUCGACGUUUGAAAUUCGAAUUUCAAAUGACGGCUGCGACGACGACGACGACGUGUGGCUGGCGGCGCGAAGACGGCGUAUUGCUGAAACGGGCUCAGCGGCGGGGUCACUUCCGUCCCCCGGCCGUUGCGAGUGCACGGGCAGCGUCGGGUGCGUCCAUCGCCGUGGACCUUCGCACACGUCGACUGCGCCUUGCAACAUGUUUCCGUGUGAGGGACUGCAUUCAGAGAAAAGGGGCCAGCUUUCGACAGACAUCUUCGGCUUCUUCGUCGGGUGUGGAAGGACGACACACACGGCAGCGGAGCGACGGGUCCGUGUCCAGGUCGCGGCUAUGGAGGGCGGCGGAGAGGGUAGACGUGAGGUUGACGGCUCUUGAGCUGCAGGCCGUGGCGGCGGCCGUGUCCACUAUCGUUCUUCGAGAGGAGAGGGCGCUAGGACGACUGAACGAGCAGUUGUGUGCGCUUAGACGGAGGACAUUGACGCAAGCUCCGGACGAUGGGCCGGACUACGUGGCAACGUCGGAGGCUGUUGUUGAGCUGUGCUACACAUUGGGUUGCGGAGUAAUUCCUCGAGCGACGCCGAGGUGGUGGAUGAAGCGCAGGACAGGAGGCAUGUGGGAAGACCUCAGGCAAUGCGACGACGUGACAAACGACUACUUCCGGGAGAAGCUACGCAUGUCACCACGAGUGUUCCAGGAAAUCGCGGAGGCGUGUGCGCCCUCGCCGCACAGAGGAGCACGACGUCCACGUGUACGAGAGGAGAAGAACGACCCCGGUGGGACUGCUCCGCGGCGAGAAGAACACAAGAGAGACGGCGCCGAACCUCCACGUGGCGAGACAGAUCCGCGGCGACAAGGAGAGAGUGCCCCGCCGAUGGGAGUUCCGCUGAUGGGGCGAGAACAGCGACUCACGAAUGGAUCGCGCGUGGCGACGGCCGCGUUUGCAACGACGAUGAAGAAGCGCCCUCGCCACACAUAGGAGCUCAACGUCCACGUCUACGAGAGGAGGAGAACAACCCCGGCGAGACUGCUCCGCGGCGAGAAGAAGACAAGA